UCAGAUCACAGAGGAAAGAAUUUUACCAGCUGUGUUUUUUCUGCCCACCAAACAAAGUCAAUUACUGGAUGGAUUACUGGAUGAGAAAAAGAUUAUCUUGGUGGAUAAAAUAUGCUGAAAUUCCCGCAGAAUUUUCUUUAGUUGACGAAGAUUGCAGAAAACAGUUCAUUCAGGAUGGUGAUGAGGCCUUGGAAGAUACCAUGGCAGUUCAGGUGAGAUAUUUAGGAUAGAAAUACCAGUCGAAGGUUUUUUGUAGAUGGAUACUUCGAACAGAAGAUUAAUAUGUACAUAGAUAUCUCAUAUCUAUGAUUAUGUACAAUUUUAGAGCUAAAAAUUCAACUAUAUAGGGCCUCUGGCAGGAAUCGAACCUGCGGCUCUGCGAUUCCGGUGCAGCGCUCUAACCAACUGAGUUACAGUGUUUAGUUAUCAAGCUCAAACCGCAACUUAACGUUCUCUGAGACUUCAAGACUAUAGUAGUAUCACAGUCUAUUUAUACUGUAGUGUGGGUGAGGCCAGUAUAAGGUAUGGCUAAAUAUCGAGGUUUCUGGGCAUCUCGAUUUUUUGGCAUAUAUAAUGUUCAGGUCGAAAUUUCCAUCUACAGAACGAGAAAUAAUCAGUGAAAAAACGAGCCCGAAUAGCGUGUAAAUAUCCACCUUCUUUCUAGCCUGCAUGGCAGGCGGUACUUAUACCGCCUGACGCAAAACUGGGUUAAAUGAACUACCGCCCCUGAAGCAUCAAAGCUAUUUAUAGAUGUCAUUAAGUAAAUAUUCAAAAUUAGCCACUCCCAAGUUGCUACCAAGUCUCAACAUAAAAUAUUAAAUUCCUUGAUUAUCAUCACCGCCCGACUGAAUUUUAAAAUCCUCGUGAAAAUGUUUUAUAUUUCGUUUUAUAAUAUAGCAUUUGUAAAUUCUGAACGCUGAUUGGCUAAGGGCCGUGUUGAUAUAACUCCAUGUCAACACGGGAAAUUUUCCGCCGCUUGUAAACAUGGAAAUUUUUCUUAUUCUUCGGGCUUUUGACAUUGCUAUAUUAUAAAACAAAUAUAAAACAUUUUUUCCGUAUUGAUAUAUAGUUAUAUCAACACUCGUGGAAGUUGGGAAAACUCGAAAUUGUAUGAAAACACUCCGCCCUUCGGGCGUCGUGUUUCCACACCAUUUCUCGUUUUCCCAAUUUCCACUCGUGUUGAUAUAACUGUAUAUCAACACGGAAAAUGUUUUAUAUUUGUUAAAUACAAUAUAAAUGUACCGCCCGACAAAAUAAUUCAAGACAGUUAAUUUUUUUAUAUUUUAUAUAGGGUUUUUAGUGCCAAUUUAAACUUCCAAUUUCAAACAAACAGAAUUUUGAAUGAAAUUUCAUUGUAUUUUAAAGAAACUCAGUCAUUCUGUCAUUGUUCGUGGAGAUACGAACUAUUGAUAUAUAAAUUAUAUAAAUAUAAAAUAUAAAAAUAAAUCUCCCACUGUCUUCGACAUUUCAAAGUGUAGACUGUGUCUAGUGAUGAGAAUCAAGGAAUUUAUUUUAUGUGCAGCCUUUAAUAUAAACCAAGCCGCCCGUUUAGCUGCCUUAAAAUGGUAGUUAAUAAGCUCUCAAAAUACAAAGCAUGCAAGUCUAUACUAUAGAUCCAUCAUCAGUCAACGACCAUGCAAACUGAAAGUUUUGAACCUUAUAGAACGAUAGUUUUUAUUUGUUUACAACUAUACAUAUUCAACGGGUAUAUAUUAAGAGUUUAACUGUUAUUUAAUAAUUACUGCAUCAACCGGCCCAUACGUCUAGUUUAUACUUUGGAGAUCUUUGUAGGUUCGUAUAUCUAUCAAGUAUCUUUGGUUCAGAACAUGAUAGGCCUCAGUAUAUGAAAAUCCCACCGUUCGAUUUAGUGAAGAAUUAUAUCCUAAUUUCUAUCGAUAGUUUUAGUAAAAUAUGGCCUUUGAAAGUCAAGCGAGAUCGUAUAUUAUCAAAUUAAUAUACGCGUGUAUUUGUCUGAAAGAAAAUAUAGACUAGCCCAUACCUUUCGCCGAUCAUAACUUCGGCCCCUUCGGACGUAUCUUCUUUGUUAAAUAUUCUUGUUCGAAUCGCUAUCAAAAACACUAUUUGGAGUGUUAUUUUUCAGCUUGUAUCUUUAAAUUUGCUUCUUUUAUUACAGUAUUCCAUUUCUGCAUGGUCUGACUUGUGAUUGUGAACUAAUUUCAAAACGGCAAAACGCAGAGUUUCAAAACAUCAAAACAUUUGGUUAAUGAUUAACAUUUAACCGAAUUUAGCCGUUGAUUGACAACUACAUAAAAAUACUAACCAAGCCGUUUUUUCCGUUCACCAGCGGACGGGUAAUUCAAAAACCCCUAGUUUUGUGGCAGACGGUAUUUCCUUUGCCUCCCUAAUUUUCGCUGCCUGUAGAAAUACCGCCUGCCACGCAGGCUACCUUCUUCCAGUUCUCUAUUACUACCACAAGUGUUUCUGUCCUUGUAAAGACAUCAAGGAAAAAUGUCUUCUGACUAUUUCUUUUAUAAUAUAACUGAAGAAAAGUUUUUAUAGCCAUUUUUCAUAUCGAUUAAUUUACAAAUUCUCAUUACUCUAGCAUAAAAUCCACUUGAUCGGUUGCCUAGUGGCCUUUACUCGUUAAUUUGGGUUUAAAAUAGUCAAGUUCUUGUGAGAAUUCCGUUUUUGUCUUGCGGUUCCUUUAUUUCCUCAAAAAACUAGUAUUACCAUUUAUCAGACUUUUCGAUUACAGUACGUGUUAAAAUUGUGCUGUGUACGUUUUAAAAAAUCGAAGCUGUGCACUGGAAAUUUCCCGAUGAAAUUUGAAUGAAAUCCCUAAAUGAGAUUUAUCCCUGAAAAUGUUGGGUGAAUGGGGAAAAUUUAGUCGAAAUACUAACACUAAGAUCUCAUAUUCUUGAUACAAUCUGCCAAUUCAGCCCGAAAAGCUCGUGUUGGCGUCACCAUAGAAACUGGGCGGACACUUGCUUAGGUAUUGUAUUACCGCAAUAAAUAAAUAUCUUGUUUUAAAACGCGCUAUAGUACAGUAAACCAAACUUUCUCAUGGCAGCGUGAAUUGUAUUUUGUAAUCCGUGACAAACAACCAAGUGAACAUGCCAUGUCCCUUUAAUUAUUGUUGUUAUUAAUAAUUAUUUUUGUAAUUAUAUCGAACUUUUUUGCGUUUCUCUUGGCUGUUCGAGAUAGCGGAUUCUACGCAGUAAUAUACGAUUUACGCGCUUUUGAUAAAAUGUGUUUAACUUGUGUAGCAUUUUGAUUGUCUUUGGAAGGGCUCGUAGGAGUUGACAGGUCAGAAAAGGUACUUGAGCAGUCACAAAUGGAACUGAGCGAUCACCAUAAUCGGUGUAUCAUGAAAUGUUAUAUACAUAAAAAAAUAUUUUAACACGCUUGCCCCAACAACAAAGGAUGAUGUGCAUUGAGGCGUGAACAGAUUAAGGCCGUUUUCCACUUCGCCCUUAGGCGUACCGUACCGAAACGUGCUGGUGAGCAUGCGUAUAUUGAAUAUAGAUUGAUAAAUUUACGUACUUCCGGAUGCCAUAGCGUAUCAAAAUGAAAAAUUUGUCGCAAGUCAACGUUUUGGCGUGUACUACGGAAGUAUAUUAAGAGGUACAAGUAAUUUCGCCCUGAAUUAAGAAAAAAUGUCAUCAUUAGCCAAUCGUAUUUGAGUAAUUUUGCCCGGCCUCUAUAUGAUUAUUUAUGUAUAACCUUUAUUUAUUUAUUUUUAUUUAUUUACUAGCUUUGUCAGAAAUGACUGGUGAUCCCUACAGGGCUUAUUGCCCCAUUCACAGGGUCCCUUAACCUGCAGUGUCUCAAGGUUUUACUCGCCUAAUGACAUGCGAGCAAUUCCAACAACCAACUUUUUACAAAUAAUUUCAACAUGUACACGUGCAGUAUGAGCCCUAAAAUAUGGAGGUGUUAUGUUCAAGGAAAAAGGCGGUGGAUGUUAAUGCCUCAACUGAGUUGUUACUUAACUCAAGUUCGUUCGCAGACGAUAGUAUAAACUAAAGAUGGAUUUUGUUUCCUUUAGUUUAAUUUCCCCUGGGGAAAAGAAGCUGUCGAGAGUAUUUCAAGUUAUUCAGACGUGCGGAAAUUAAUAAAGAAUGACUCGUGCCAUGAUGAAGAUUUGGGCGUUGUCCUAGCAACCUUAAGCGUGGAAAGAGGUAUGGUACUCAUCAAAUUCACUUCAACUGAGAUGAGAACAAUAAUUACUCCAACGACUGUGAACGCGACGGCGAUGGCAAACGAAUAUGUUAGGCAAAUGAUUGCUAGUGAUUGACCGAUAAUCGGUAUAUCGACAUCCGGCCGAGUUUUGCCUUAUCGGUAGACAAUCCGAGAUUCAGAAUCGGUAGACCGAUCGUCUAAAACCAAUUGUUGAGAAAAUACGCACUUUAAUUAAAAAAAAUAUAGGCAUUUUGACGCAAUAUGUUCAAUUAAUGUGUGAAGCGUGCCAUUUAUUAACGGUUUUAACGAUCUUUGGUUGCGGUAACAUUUUACGUUAGAAAUUAUCGUUAAAAAUGGACAUGAAUGACGUCCUUUACUCGGUCGACUGAUAUUAUGACGUCAUUAUAAAAUCGAGAUCGGUAUCGGGUAGAUUGUGGCAUGAAUAAUCGGUCAUCGAUAAUUUCCCAUUGUUGCCCAAUCGGUCAAUCACAAUGAUUGCAGAAUAAAACUUGUCGUCUAUUAUCCAUCGUAUGAAUACUAAUACAGUUUAAAGACUGAGGUUAACAUUGAAGUUAAUGAUUAAGAAAGUUUUAGGACCCAACUGAAAGUACAAGUUGUUCCAGCUUGAAAUGUAAGCCUUGUAUUCUAGACGUGCUAAUGUGUAUUUUGCCGUUGUAAACAGAGCAUUAUUAGCGACGUCUAAAAGUUCUGUGGGAUUUUUAGUUGUUUAUUUCAUUCUCUUGUAUAAAUAUGAUUUUAUUAGCCGUCCUCGUUGCACUUUCGACCGGCCCGUCGACACUCGUAACAACAGUACUCCUCUAUAAUUUUAAAAGUGUAAAAUUCAAGGUUGCUUCUUGUCACGUUCCCGUACUAGAUUAAGCAGUAGAGACCUUACGAUUUAGGACGCGACGGCAACGGCUACCAAUACAAUGAAUCAUUGAAGAGAAUUGAAUAAUUACGAUAUAUGAAUAAUUUAGACUUGUCCUUCGCUCUGUUUUACAACGCCAAUCGCAGAUUUUCACGUCUUGAUACAACAGCUGCAUUUUAAGCUGCAACAAGUGCAACUUCAAACUGGGUUCAGCAGAACUCUCCCCAACCAUAAAACCCAUGUCUUCAACUUCUAAGACUGUAUUAAAUUCAUACGAUUGAUAAUAUACGACCAAUUAUCUUUACUACCAUUUAUUUGAAGGAGUUUGUUUUGGCCGUCGUCGUCGCAUCACCGUCCUAAAAUCGUAAGGUCUCUAUUGCUUAAGUUCGCUAUUCACGUUCCUGUAGUCCUUAAUUUACGGUAACGAAGAUGAUGGCUGGGUACGCAAAUUUCAAAUAUUUUAUGAGGUCAUUUGGAAAGAAGAAUGAGGAAAGACUUCACAAGAAUGAAGGCACGAUAUAUAUAGCCACGGCACAAUGGUUUUGCCGUUUCAUUAUGUUUUCAUUGGAAAAUUUUUAUGUCUUUGCUGUUUGAAAAACAACUAUAUAAUAACAAUAGGAAACUUUUCUCCAUAAAAAAUCAACAAAAACACACAUACAUCAAAACUAGCAAAAAUCUACCACGAAGUCGCUAAUGAGAUAUUUAAUAUUUUUCAUAGGAAUUCUUGCAUAUCUGUUGGACGCAUACCAUGAGAAUGAAUACCUUAAUUCCAAGGGCAACAAAAAAACACACAGUAAGCUGAGAUUGCAUCCAUCAUUGGCUCCCGUGAAGGUUGCUGUACUUUCAAAUAAAGCUCUCAAUACUGAAUUAGGUCGAGUGGCUCGACAGCUUGCGACUGAAUUACGCCAAGCAGGUAAGGCUGCUUUCCACAAUUCUGCUGUUUUGGCGGACUUGUUCGGGUAAACAACAUUAAAUGACUUUCGCUAACCAUGACAUAUUUCUUGUUAAUUAAUACAACUGAUGGAUGUUCUAGAG